UAUUAUGCCAAAACCUGAAGUACCAACUGUGCCAAAGCCCGAGCUACCAUCCAUCCCGAAGCCUGAGUUACCAACUUUACCAAAGCCUGAAGUACCAAUUGUGCCAAAGGCCAAGCUACCAACUGUCCCAAAGCCUGAGUUACCAACUUUACCAAAGCCUGAAGUACCAACUGUGCCAAAGUCUGAGCUACCAACCAUCCAAAAGCCUGAAGUACCAACUGUGCCAAAGCCUGAGCUACCAACCAUCCAAAAACCUGAGUUACCAACUUUGCCAAAGCCUGAAGUACCUACUAUGCCUAAGCCCGAGAUACCAGCUGCCCCAAAGCCUCCAACUUUGCCAAAGCAUGAGAUCCCAGCUGUGCCAAAACCCGAGCUUCCUGCUAUGCCAAAGCCUGAAAUUCCAGCAAUGCCAAAACCCGAGUUUCCUCCCUUGAAAAAGCCAGAAAUCCCAGCAGUGCCAAAGACGGAGGUUCCUCCAACUAUAAGAAAGCCUGAAGUUCCAGCUUUGCCAAAACCAGAAAUCCCAGAGCUGCCAAAGCCAAAACUCCCAGAGCUUCCAAAGCCUAAAAUCCCCGAACUUCCUAAACCAGAAGUUCCAGCUAUGCCAAAGCCUAAAAUCCCCGAACUGCCUAAACUAACUUUUCCUUCACUUUCUCCAUCAUACAAACCCUCUACUCCUUGAGUAAUUACGUUCACUCUAUUAAAAAGUACCCAAAUUGAA